AUGCAGGUUUCCGACUCGGAAGGUACCCUAGGGGACCUGAUCUCGACGCCCCCGAAUGGUCGAGCCAAGAAAAAUGAGAAGCCGACGGCCCGUAAAGCCACAGACCAGUUCCACUCCUCGAGCGACACCGACGUCGAUGUUGAAGUCGAAGCCCAGGACGACAACGACUCGACGGGUAAGGAUUACAUACAAAAGAAACUCACACUCACUUUCAAGUCCGUCACGGUGCUUGUAAAGGCGGCUGAAGAAGCGCUGGGCGAGACGUUAUGGUCUCGUGUUGACCCAACACAACUGGUCGGCCUUCGCGGAGGCUCCGGAUGCACAUCACUCCUCCGCGUUCUCUCAAACCACCGCGAAUCCUUUAGCGAAGUCCAAGGCGAGGUCCGAUACGGCAGCAUGACGCACAAGCAGGCUCGCGGGUACCGCCAGCAAAUUGUCUUCAACACCGAGGACGACAUCCACUUCCCCACCAUGACGGUGAACCAAACCAUGAAGUUUGCCCUCAAGAAUAAAGUGCCUCGGGAUCGUCCCGCCGAGGUGGAGAAGAAAAACGACUUUGUCAAGGGCAAGCGGACGGGCAUCCUAGAUGCUCUAGGUAUCGGACACACGCAAAAGACGCUGGUUGGCAACGAGUUUAUCCGCGGUGUGUCUGGCGGUGAGAGGAAGCGUGUGUCCCUCGCAGAGGUCAUGGCUAGCCAGAGCCCCGUCCAAUUUUGGGAUCAACCGACUCGAGGUCUCGAUUCCAAAACCGCCCUCGAGUUCGCCGCUACUCUCCGCGAACAGGCAGAUCGAAACGGCAGGACCGUUGUUGCGACCAUGUACCAAGCCGGCAACGGCAUCUACGACAAGUUCGACAAGGUUCUCGUCCUCGCCGAAGGUCGCGUCAUCUACUACGGCCCUCGCGUUCUCGCAAAGUCCUACUUCGAGAAUCUCGGUUUCGUGUCCCCGCGGGGCCAACAUCGCCGACUUCUUAACAUCAGUCACGGUGGCGACCGAGGUGACCAUCGCUCCAGGGUUCGAGGGCCGAGUGCCCACCACACCCGCCGAGUUCGAGGCCGUGUAUAA